AUGAAAGGCGAACAAGGUUCUUCAGUUGAUUCAACUAGAAAUGAUAAGUUUGACAGACUACGGCCUAUACAAAUUGAUAACGUUGGUACUGUUGCAAGAGAUCAUCUAGCGUCUGAGAGAACAUGGUUAACUUAUGUUCAAACGUCCUUAGCUAUUGCUUCUAUUGGAGUUGCAAUCACACAAUUGUUCGCUAUCAAACCAAUAGACGCAAAAGAUGAAGCUAAUCCAUUCGAAGCUGAACUUGACCAAGCUCCUUUACAAACCAGAACAAAUCAAUCGCGGACGGAAUCAACAAGAUUCAACAAUCCUCAUAGGAAAGUAGAAAUUGGUGAUAACAUAUCUCUAGCUGUUAUAGCUCACGCAUAUAAACCACUAGGUGGAUCUAGUAAUGACUUCCCACUAAAAAUGAUGUCAAGGUGGUUCAAGCAGGUCGGUUUCUUCGUUAUUUUAUACGAUAGAAAAUCUACAAGCUGGACAGGCGAUAUUGAAGUUGAAGAAUAUACCUCAAUACUCAAAGAAGUUGUUUCAACGCAGUUAUCUCAAUAUAGUUUAUCUAAGGUGAUAAUUGGUGGAUAUAGCGCUGGAUCGCUAAUAGCAUCUAGAGUACGUGAAUUAGAUUGGUUGGAUUGCGAAGUGAGAUAUUUGCUAUUAUCACAUCCUUUAUCAGUUUCAUGGGCUCUAAAUCUAUUUAGAGGUACACAAAUAGAUAAUACCCUCCAUGAUAACUUAAAGACACACAAACAUCUCGCAAUAUGGGGUACAAAUGAUCAAUUUACAGGUGUCGAACGAUAUAGACAAUGGAGUGACAAUCUCAAGAGAGGAUACCCAAAUACAUGGUCAUAUAUAGAGAUAAAGGGGGCAGAUCAUUUCGGGAAAUCAUUCGUUGAUGUCUACAAUGGCUUGAUUGAAUGGAUUACAAGUUGA